UAAUGCGGCGCGCGGUCGGUGUGUGCACACUUACCACCGACGGAUCACACCUGGGUUUUCUAUUUAUGUCAUCUGAAGUAUUCCAUUUCCACCAGCUACCUAUUUUGAGUCUAAACAUAGAGUUUAUUUGACCAUUGCUUGAUAUAGACUAUGGGUACUCAAGGACCUGCCUGCUUCCCUGGAGCAUCUCUGAUGUACAUCAGUCCUGGCAACAUCAUCAACUAUCACAACCUCAAGAAGAGCAUCCCUAAGACGUCUACUGAUGAGCUCAAGCUAGCACUGACAAAUGCACUGUUAAAGUCGCCGACGAUUUCAGCGGCCCGCGAUGCGAUCACCAACAAUGACAGUGAGGUGGUUACGUUCACUGAGCCGGGAGCCAGGAUCGAGUUGGACAAUUGCAACAGCGCAGAGAACGUCAAGGUCACAGUGAAAGUGAUGCUGAGUAACGCAGACUUGGGAAUCGCCACGCAAGCUGUGACGAUGGCUUUGAAGGAGCUUGGUGUGAGUAAGUUAGACGUCGUUUUACUCGCCAUGCCAGCGAGACCAUUCGAUGAAGACCUGACCAUUGACCACUACAAGCCGGUCUGGUCUGAGCUGGAACAACUUGUGAAAGACGGCAAGAUUAAGAUGCUGGGUGUUUGUGAUCUAGAUUUGGCUAUGUUGACGGAGCUACAGUCAUGGGCACAAGUGAGACCUACGACAAAUCAGAUGAACCAAGCAUCCUGUUGUGCAAUUCCCCCCGCGCUAAAGGAAUUUGCAGCGGAGAACACAAUCCAGCUCAUAGCUCAUUCAGAUCCUAGCGAUAUCCUUCCACCGGAGCAGUUCCAGGAGGUCUUACGAUCUCACUACCCUGAAGAGCUGGACUCAGCGGCCUGGCACCCGUCGUGGGUGCUUCGUUACACCGCGCUGAUUCGGAACAGGGGUAUUAUCACAUCAAAAGGAUACAUUCUACGGGCGCAACGAGUGCUACCAUUGGCUUAGACUGUGAUUUCGACCUUUAGGAAGAAGCUGUUGUCCAUCGGAGUGCUUGGUUGUUCUAUCUGAAAGAUGCUUUUGAGGGAGACUUAUAAGUAAAGUCUGUCCCGAGCCAUUCUGGCUCAUCAGGCCGGUGUUAUCUGGUUACAUGUACCUCGGCAUUAAACGACUGAGAAUGUUUCUAUUCCCACUGAACAGAAUGACAGUCCAUCGCAGGUUACUCCCAAGCUUUCGCCGGCACCCAUUUAUACCCCUGGGUGAAGAGAAGCAAUUAUAGAUAAAGGACACAAGUGUCAUGACCGGGAUGUGAACCCAGGCCCUGAUGACCUGACAGCCAGAACUUGGAUUUGAUGCUCUCAACCGCUCGGCCAUGACGCCCUUUGACAUGACAAUAGGUGCGUUCGAUUAGCUUCCCUGGGUCAACCCCGG